AUGUUGCAUUCGAAACUGUGUCGGGUGAUGAGUUUAGUCUACUACCAUUCAGUGUUUUUUGCCCUAAUGGGGACCACUUUAAGGAUACGCUCUUAUAGAAAAUCCAUAAGAUUGGAGAAGGCUUCAAGGUCUUACCUUAUAUAUAACUUCUGUGUUGGAAUCUUUCUGUUUUGGAAUAUAUACUAUAUGGUUCCUCAGGCCUUGGUGGAUGGCUAUAUAAAAUACAACAUAGUUCUACAGUGGAACUUCUUUGUGAUGAUUAUUCUUAGAAUACUGGCUGUUUUGGGCUGUUAUGUUACCAUAUGGCUAAAGCGAAAGGAAAUUAUUCAGCUCUACAAAAACUCUCUGGCUUAUUGGAAGAUAUUCCGGAAAAUAAUACAAGUUUUAGUAAAUAAAGAAGAUCUCGAGGAGUUACAAAUAACUCUGGCCAGGAUGAUGUAUCGACAAAUAAUAGUGCUCUAUGUGGGUUUUAUGUUCUCCUCAACAAUACAAUACAGACUGCUCAGUGUUAUUAACAAACAAAGUUUACUGGCUUUAAGUGCACGACUCACCCACUUCCUGCACUUCAUAGCAGUGAAAAUUGGUUUCUACGGGAUGCUCUUGUUGCUUAAUCAUCAGUUCUUGGUUAUCCAACUGGCCUUAAACAAUCUUCACCAGAAGAAGUCCGGAAAGAAAUGGAAGACCUUGCGAUCUAUAGCCUCCAUGCACUUGGAAACCCUUCAGCUGGCCAGGAGGAUCUUUAGUUUAUAUGACAUCAUCAAUACUACGGUGUUCAUCAACAUGUUCAUGUCCACAAUAAAUAUUCUUUAUCACGCUGUCCAGUUCAGCAAUAAUACCAUUAAAUCAGAUAGAUGGGACAUUUUAUUUGGCAAUGGAUUGAUUGUUUCUAACAUCUGGGGAACCCUGAUGCUGAUGAAUAUGCUGGAUAGGGUAGUGACCUCGUGCAACAACAUUGGCCAAACACUCAGGCAGUUCAGUGAUCUGCCAAAUGUUAGCAAGAAACUCCAAAGAGAGUUGGAAGUUUUUACUAUACAGCUGAAUCGCAAUCAUUUGGUCUACAAAAUCUGUGGAAUUGUGAAACUAGACAAGCCCGCUGGUCUCAGAUAUAUAGCAUCCAUUCUGAGCAACGUCAUUAUCCUAAUGCAAUUUGAUUUGAGGAAGCAACCACAGCCUAACAUUCAUCAUCGGUAUCAAGCUUAA